UCCGAGGACGAAGAAGAAGAACAACAUCGCUAUCGCAUGCUUUGAUCCAUAUUUGAUCAUAAUCUGAAAGGGCAGCUCGCUAACGUGUUCUAAUCUGUUCGCUAAUAUAUGUUCUGAAGAUCACGUUUUUCGCUUUAUCAACGGUAUACAUUGAAUGCGAAAGGGAUGUUUUGUGACACAAGACCGAGCAUUCUGGCGUACGCUAUGGUCUGCACUGGGUGGUAUGGCCUACUCCUGUACGCGUUAUACGUAGCCGAUGAUCAAUUCACCUUUAAUAGUCUGAUGAACCUUCUCUUCUACGGAAUGAACUUCGUCAUGCAUGCUGUAUUGCUAACUGCGAUGGUCAUUCACAGUGGCCAUCUACUGGGCAUCUUCAUUCUCUACAUGAAAUUCUCCGUUGCGUUUGUAUCCUGUAUGCUGUGCCUAAACAUCUUUCUUGAGGGGCCUUACGCGGACAAAGGCGUUCGGCACACCCGAAGGACUAAGAAACCUAAGGCGUCAAAGGCGACUCUUGACGAAAUCAUCGAGUUUCUGGGCGAAAUGUCAUCUUUACCCGGAGUUGAACUGAGCAAAAAUGAGACUCAUCUCGUGGUGGGGAUGGCCAAACGCGAAAUCACGUCCCACUAUAAUAUGGAAGUAGACUCGGUGUACGGGAUCAAUCCGAGGCUUAUCUUUAACGCUAUCGUGCUUAUUGUUGACGUUUUGUUGAUUUGGAGAAUGAGCAAAUACCGCACUGCCCUCGAGAAAAUCAAAUAGACACAUACGGAUCACCGUCACCAUGCUGCGAUUACGAUUUGAAUUUGCCUCCAACGAGGAACUUUACUCAAGGAACAACUCCAUCUCGAGAAACUUCGAAGACUACUUUAGUAACGUACAUUAUGAGAAAAGGAUAAAUAAUUCACACCUGAA